AAAUCUAAAAUGUGGGUUUUGGUUUUAACGCAAGUUGACAGUGAAGAACUACAAACGAUCAAGGGUUUUCUCAGAUUUUGAUUGGGGUUAUGGAUGCGGAAGUGGCAGAUAUUAAGAAAUGGGUUGUGAUAUAUCCUGUUUACUUAAACUCGAAGAAAACAAUAGCCGAAGGGCGGCGAAUUAGCGUGAGCAAAGCAUGUGAAAACCCUAAUUGUGUUGAGAUUGGUGAUUGCUGUAACCAUUUGAAAAUCCCCUAUGCAAUUGAGAUUGAUAAGGCGUAUCCUCGGGAUUUCAUGCAAAGAGGGAGAGUGAGGGUGAAACUGAGGAGGGAAGAUGGGACUUUCUACAAUCCAGCUAUUUCUUCUAGAAAACAGCUGAUGCUUCAUGUUGCAGAGUUGGUACCUAGACAUCCCGGUAGAACUAAGAAGCAGGAGCCAGCAUCCACGUCGUCAACUGCUGGACCUUCCAAAUCUGGAAAAGGUGGAAAAAAGAAGCGAUAACUUCCAACAUAUUGAAUAUAUCAAAAUGUUUCCUUUUUGAUAUCCAGUUCUGGCCAGCAUUGGCUUUCUUAAGAUGUUACAUGUUUGGUUGUGUUACCUUAGUCGUGUUUUUGAAAUACAAGAUAGACAAUAUGUUUUUUGUUUGGAAUUUUUCAUUAUCUUUUUACA